CGAGCCAGCGACCUGUCAUCGUUGUCCAGUGUUGAUCCGAAUAGCUCGAUCUCAGACUCUAGUGAAGAAGCCAAAUUACAACCGCCAGCCGUCGUUCGUCACCCUCGACAGCCGUACCUCAGUAGGCUGACUCGUGAGAAUCCCGUCAGUACCAGCGUACUGCAGACAGUUUUCGAUAAUAUCGAGAGGCCUGACAUAAAACGUUUCGGAGAGAAUAAUAACGGAAAAGAGUGGAUGACUGUUCCGGUGUCGGUAGAGGAGGAUAUGCGACGGAACGAGUCGCCUGGAUGGAAUCUCAUUCCUACCACUGUGACUACACCGAAACCGAGGCCUCCUGUUGAUGUCAAAGAAGAAGCGAUUCAGUCGAGAAAGCGGAUCGUCUGCUCCCAGAUGUCAGAGAGUCUUAAAGCGAUCGAUAAUGCCUGUGUACAAAUCGGCAAGGUGACGGCUCCCCAACAUUGGCGGGCCCCACACCUUCUUCAGUCGAAUCUGAACACCCUCAGGGAUGCCAUCACUACAGCUCAUGAUGCACUUGGAGUAUUUGUCGAUGGAACCGGACGAAUAUCUAUUGAUAGGAAGAAUCCGAAAGCUGAAGAGCUUGACGGUUACUUGAAGCCACUUUUGGAAGCCCGAAGUCAUCUGACGCAUCUACGGAAGAACCUCGACGCAGCUGGUUGGACUGUUUCGGUACUGUCGCGCGAUAGUGAAAGUUCGCGAACUAUGGACACCCUGGACCAGUUCAUCGCUGCUAUUCAGAAGGUGCCCUCGGAUUGUCGACGUCUUCUACAAUGGACGCAACUUCUCAUUCCAUCUCCCACUGUUGUAUUUCUCAGUCCCAUUUCGGAUUCCAAAAUGGAAACCCCCAUACUAGUCAGUGUUGCUCAACCUAGAGCUACGGAUCGUUCUCCGCAUUUAUUAGGAUCGCCUCCGUUUUUGGACGAAACGAAGCGCUUGUCAUCGUCGUCAACGUCUACUGUGACGUCAUCUGAUUCAUCACAACCGUCGUCUAUACUUGUGACAAAGCACAGCAGCGACAAGCCGAAAGGACGAGUCACUUUUGCGGACGAGCCGCGCGACCGCCCUUCGGCUACUCCAUCUCAGGAUAACGGAGAAUGCUCAAAAGCUCCUCAGUUGAAUGGUUUGCAGCGUUAUGGUCCAAUGUCGGGCCCUCAUCGCCUACAGGAGACCAGAAUAAUCGAAGAGGACGAUCUUGAAUCGAAUGUCAGUGAGGGCGAGAACCUCUUCCAGGACUACGCCUAUUUGGACGAUGUUGUUCCUGGACGAUCUAAUGCCUUCAACAAUGCCGUAAAUAAUUCGAUUAGUGAUGAGGUAUGCAUUUAUCCACGGCGAAACCGUGACUUAAAAUGA